AUGGGUGUGGAGAAGCAAGUCAUCAGACCCGGCAACGGUCCCAAACCCGCUGCGGGACAGACCGUCACCGUCCAUUGCACCGGAUUUGGGAAAGGUGGUGAUCUAUCCCAGCAGUUCUGGAGUACAAAGGACGCUGGGCAAAAACCUUUCUCGUUCCAAAUCGGUAAAGGUGCUGUGAUCAAAGGAUGGGAUGAAGGCGUUAUGGGAAUGCAAAUCGGAGAGGUUGCUCGCUUGCGGUGCUCACCGGAUUACGCAUAUGGUGCUGGUGGAUUUCCGGCAUGGGGAAUCCAGCCAAACUCGGUUCUCGACUUUGAAAUCGAAGUACUUAGCGUGCAGUGA